AUGGAUUACGGGUCACGCAGAGUUGAAGAGAAAUCUCCAUGUGGUAGGUUCGUUAGAUACAGUGACGUGUUAGGUGAAGGCGCUUUUAAAGAGGUGUACCUAGGGUUUGAUCAAGUUCAAAACAUUGAAAUUGCGUGGAACCAAAUAAGUUUUCAUGGAGAAGAUGGUAAAGCAUUAUUAAAAACACCAGAAAAGUUGUUCUCUGAGGCUGUUCUAUUGCAAUCUUUAAACCAUGAGAGGGUUAUGAAGUGCCUCUCUUACUGGUUUGAUUCCGAGGCCAAAACUCUAAACAUGAUCACAGAAUUAUUCCCUUCGGGCAGUUUGACAAAGUAUAUGUUGAAGAGUAAUAACGGGACUGGUAUUGACUUGGGGAAUAUUAAGAACUGGGGUAGGCAGAUUCUUGAAGGUUUGAGCUUUCUUCAUGGACAGAACCCGAAGAUCAUUCAUAGAGACAUCAAGUGUGAUAAUAUUUUUGUUCAGAGUGGUGGGAAACAGGUUAAGCUCGGAGAUUUUGGGUUGGCGAUUCGUCUUAUGGAGGGUGAUUUCGUCACAGAGGUUAAGGGAACGCCUCAAUUUAUGGCUCCUGAGCUCUACGAUGAUGGUUACCGGUGA